AUGCAUUUUCAUAAUACAGAAAAUAUGUAUCUACAUAUGAAUAAUCAAAUUAAUAAUUUAGAUAAUACAUAUAAUAAAUAUUUUAAUAUCAUUAAUACUCUUAACAAUAGUAAAAUAGAAAAGUUAAAUAGAUAUCAUCUCAAAAGAAAAAGUUUAUUUGAUAAUAAUUCUUAUGUAAAUAAAAAUAAAAGUGAUAUUUUUAUAAAGAUGGGCCAGAAAAGUGCAAAGAUACAAAAAAAUCGAUUGUAUGAAUUAAAUAAUGAUAUGUAUAGCAAUAGAUAUAAAAAUUUAAGUUAUAAUCCAAAUGAAGUGAAAGGAAGUAAUUAUAAUUUGAAUAAUAUUAAAGUAUUAGAUGAUGAAGAAAAUUACAAUAAUAAUAUAAAUAAGAAUAAUAAUAUAUAUGAUUUACAUAAUUAUAGUAAUAUGAAAUAUGAUUAUACAAAUAAUGAAUAUAAAAAGCUGAAUGGAGAAAAUAUUAAUAAUAACAUGAAUAACUAUAACGAUAGUAAUACGAGAACUUACAACGCAAACAAAGAAUUAAAUUACAUAAAUAAAAAUAACAUGAAUGAAUCUAAUAAUAAUAACAAUUUUUCUAUGUUCCCAUAUAAGUACAAUGUGAAAAGUACUAAUGAUAAUUUUGAUGUAGAUAAAAGGAAAUUUGAUAACUUUAAUUAUAUGUAUAAGAAUAAUACAACUUUUAAUAAUAACCAUGAUUUAAGUAAUGAUAUUACAAACAAAAUACAUAAUAAUUUAAAUAAUAAUAUAAGUACAUUAUAUAACAAUUUUAGUCAUAAUAUAAAUAAAUUACAUGAUAUAAACAAUAAUUAUUUAGCAAAUAAUCCUCACAAUUUUAAUAAUUUAAAUAGCAGUUUAACUAAUAAACAUAAUAAUAUUUUGAAUAAUACGAAAGAAAAAAACUAUGAUAUAGAUCAUAUUAUAAAAAAAUAUAUAUCAAAAGAAAACGCAGAAGAAAAUACAAAAUCGAAUUAUAUUUAUGCAAAUAAUGAAGCAUUGAAUGAUAUUCUAAGAAAUAGCGAUAAUAAUACAAAUAAAAAUACAUUUUUAUCUCAUAAUAUAUCAUCAUUAAGAAAUAAACAAAAAGAUGAAGAAGAAAAAAAAAGAGAAAAAAAAAUUAGUUUAUUAAAAAAUAUAAUAGUAACAAAUACAAAUAAAAAAUGCAAUAUUAGUUUUAAUGAUGAUCUUUAUGAUAGUAUGAUUAAUGAAAAUUAUAAUUUAAAUAGUAGUUCAUUAGUAGAUUAUAAUGGAGGUAACAUUUAUAAUGAUAUAUUAAAUAAAAAUUGUAUAAAUAAUAAAAAUCAAAUAAAUAAUAUAUAUGAAGACAUAAAUUUAAUUGAUAAACUAAAUGAAACACCAAGUAUUAUGAAUAAACACAAAUUUAAAAAUGAAAUUAUUUUAAAUGAUAAUAACAAUAUUAAUAAUAAUAAUAAUAAUAUUAAUAUUAAUAAUAUUAAUAGUGUAGAUAAGAUUUUUGAUCAUUUCAAUUUUGAUAAUACAAAUAAAAAAAUAAGAAAUAGUAAUGUCGAUUAUUUAAAAAAUAAAGAUAAUAAUUAUGAUUUUCUUAAAAAUAAUUUAAAUAUAUAUGAUAAUUUAAAAAACAAAAUAAAUAGUAAUCUAGGAAAUUAUCAAAGUAAUACUAAAGAUUAUAAUAUUCACGAUUAUUACUAUACUAAUAAUAAAUUGCACUUUAAUAAAAAUAUUAAUGAGCAUAAUUUCAAUAGUAUAUUUGAAAAUAAAACCUUUAACGAUUUAAAUGAUAAAGUUAAUAACAAUGCUAUUGAUAAUUUAAGUAAUAAUUUUAAUGAUAAAUUUAACAAAAUUUUUAAUGAUAAAUUUAAUAAUGAUUUUAAUGAUAAAAUAAAUAAUGACUUGAAUAAUAAUUUUGAUAAUAAAUUUAGUAAUAAUAUUUUUAAUGAUAAACUAAACAAUAUUAAUUUCAAUAGCAAUUUAAACAAUGAUUUAAUAAAUAAUAUUAACAAAUAUAAUAAAAGUUUAAAUAACAAAUCAAAUAAUAUGAAUAUUUUUGAUAAUUUUAAUAAUGAAAAACUAAAUUUAUUAAAUGACGAUAAAAAUAAUAAUAAUAUAAAUGAAAACAUUUUUAAAAAUUUUAAUCAAAGUAACUUAGGAAUAAAUAACAGAAGAACUUCAUUUUCAAAGAACUCAUACCUUCCAAUUAAUGAUUUUGGUAAUUUAAAAAAUGAUAAAAACUUUAAUUAUAUGAAUAAAAAUGAUCCUAUUGAUAAUGAUGCGAAAAAUAAUAACAUAAAUAUAUUUAGAACGUGUGUGAAAAAUAAUGAAAAUUAUGUAGACAAUAAUAGUUAUUUAAGCAAAAAUGAUAAUUUAAUUGAAAUGAAUAAAAUAUUUGAUAGAAAUAAUAAUGAUAACAAAAGAAGUAAUAUAAACGAUUAUGAAAACAUUUUUAAUGCCAACAACAAAAAUAAGUUGUUUAAUCAGGAUGAUAAAAUAUUUCUUAAUAAACAAGACGCACGUAAUCUAUAUGAUAAGGAAAAUUUUAAUUUUAAUAAAAUAAACAAUUUAAAUUAUGAUGAUUCUAUUUAUAAAAAACCUUUCAAUUAUAUAGAAAGAAAUAAUUUUUUAAAUAGUAAGCGCUCAUUUCCUUAUGAUAAUGAUAAUUUGAAAAAUAAGAAUACUAAUUUAAAUAAUUUAAGGGGUAAUAUAGAUAAAAAUUUAAUUUAUGAAAAUUUUAAUAACACUUUUUAUAAUAAAAGUAAUUUUGAAUUUAAUUCAAAUGAUACAAAAAUGAAUACAAUUUAUUUUAAUAAAAAAGAUAAAGAUAUUGAUUUAAAAAAUCACUUUAAUCCUCUAAUUGAUAAAGACGAUAAUUUUGAUGCUAACAAUAUUAUUAACAAAAAUAUUAACGAUGUUAAUAUUUCUAAUUUUAAAAAUAUUGAACAAAAGGAUAACAGAAUAGUAAGUACGUUAAAUAACAUGAACGAAAAAGUAAGUAAAAACAUACCUAAUAAUUUAAACAAUUAUGAUUUUAUGAUAAAUAAGAAAGGUAAUGAAGAAAUAUUAAAUAAAGAUGACAAUUUUUUUCAUAAAUAUAGUAGAAUUCUGAAUAAAGAAAAUGAUGAGUUAUUAAAUAAAAAUAGAACAACUUUCAGUUAUGAUCUCAACAAAAAUGAUAUAUUUAAAAAUAAAAAUUUAUUUAAUAAUAAUUUAAAUAUUUUUAACAAUUUUAAUAAAAAUGAAAAUGAGGAUCCAAGUAAUAACUUAAUAAAAUUUGAUAAUGUUAUUAAAGAAAAUAUUUUAGAUAAUAUGGAAAAAGAUAUUAACAUUAGUACUGCUAAAAAUACAUUUUUUAAUUCAAAUGAUCAGCAUAGUAGAUAUUUUAAUUUAAUAAACGGUAUAAACAAAGCCAACAUAAAAGAGCAUACUAACAAUUUAAAUUAUAAUGAUAAUAAGCAGCUAUUUAACCAAAAUAAUACAUAUAAUUUAAGUACUAAUAAACAAGUAGUUAAUAAAAUUCUACCGCCAUUACCUUUUAAAAGCGUUCACAAGCCUAACUUAAAUAUAAGUCAAACAAGACUAAAAUUAUAUGAAAAUAAUAAAGGAUUAAAUAAAAUAGAUAAUACUGAUAUUCAUUUCAAUAAAAUGAAUGAAUCCAAUAACAUUAAUACAUAUAUUAACCAUUUUAAUAGAAAUCGUAAUUAUAACUUAAAUAAUGAUGAUACAAAUAUUUGCAAUGCUAAUGUUAAUGAUUUUAAUAAUUUAAAUAAUAUCACAAAUAACGACAAUAUAAGCAAUGUGAAUAAAAAAAAUGAUUUUAAUUUUAGUGAAAAAAUGAAAAAUAAAAGUAUAAAUUAUAAUUUAUUUAAGGAAAAUUUAGUAACAUUAAAAGAAAAAAAUAUGCAAAAUAAUGCUUUAAAUGAAUCUUCAUGUUUAUUUAAAGAUAAAAAUAAUGACUUAUUAUUGAGAAAUGAUUUUAAAAAUUCAAAUGAAUUAAAAGAAUAUAAUUCAAAAGAUAUAUGUAAAUUCAAUAAUAAUUAUUAUGAGCCAUAUAUUGUAAAUGAAAUUAAUCAAAUAAGUAAAUUCAGUUAUAAUAAUAUAAAAAAUAAAUAUAACAAUGUUAAUAAUACUAUAUUUGAUAAUCCAUUCUUAAAUAACAAUAAUUUUUUAAAUUCCCAGUUGAAUAAUAAUCUAAAACUUGAAAAAGAGGAAGAAAAUGUAAUAAAUAAAAAUCAUAAUAACUUAAAUUUUGGUAUUAUAAAAAGCAAUUAUAUUAAUAGUAAUAAUGAUAAAAAUAUAUCUCUUAGUAAUAAUAUUUCUAUGUUAUUAGAAAAAAUAAGUGAUAAUUCAGAUAAAAAAAAUAAUAUAGACUAUUUACAAAAUAAAUAUUAUGAUUUAAAUAAUUUGAAUAAUGAUAAUGUUUUAUGUGUAAACACAAUUAAUUAUAACGACAAUUUAAAUAUAGAUACCAAUAAUUUUGUAUUAUCAGAUAAUUAUUUAUGUCAUUUUGGUUUAUCCACUUUAUACAAAUGUAAAUUAAAAAAUGAAAAUUAUUCUUUUUUGAUCAAUGUCAUCGAUUCUUUUUAUUUAAACACUACUAAUGGCAAUGAUAUUGUUGCUAAUAAUAUUUUAUUUCAUAAAAGAUUAAGACAUUUAAAUAUUUUAUCAUAUAAGGGAAAAACAGCUGAUAAAAAUAAGUUAUAUUUAUUAUUUGAAAAUAUUCAUGGAAAUAUUCUAAAAUCUUAUUCAACUCCUUUUGAAGAGAGUAUUAUUGCUUCUUACGCUUAUCAAAUAAUCGACUUACUUGAAUAUAUGCAUAGUAAUUUUAUAAUUUUUCAUGGUCUACUUUCAAAUAUAAUUAUUUUACAAAAAAAUACUAAAGAAGAAUUAAUACAAAUCUUAAAUGAAAAAAAUAAAAAUAUAAAUAAAUAUUUUGAUAUAUAUAAACAUGGUAUUAUUAAAGUAUUUAAUUUUGAUUUCGCCAAUAUUGAUGCAACUGAAAAAGAUUACGAAUUUGAUUUUUUUUGUGUAGCAGUUUUAAUAUAUGAAAUGUGUACCAAAUAUAAUACAUACUAUUCAAAUAAAUUUGAAGAUAUUGUAGAAAAGGUACACAAUACUAAUUUUUUUUUUCCUCAUUUUGUUUCUUUUGAAUUAAAAAAUUUUUGUUUUGAAUUAUGUUCUAAAAGAAAACAUUGUUUUAAUGAUCUUAAAAAUCAUCCAUGGUUCAAAAAAAAUUUCAAUUUUUAA